AGUAUGAUGUAUAAUAACUAUUUGUUUUGCCCAUUGUGCUUGUGCAACAGUUUGUGUGUUGUAAAAUUGUGACACUAAUUAACAGAAAGAAGUUACGUUACAGCAGACGCCUACAAAGCGAGCCGAGUAGUCGAUGUGUGGCUGUGCUCGGGGUAAAGUGCGCAUCGUCCUGCUUGCGACACAGCCAUUUAUUUGUCGAAUUUUAACUUCUUAAACGCCGAAACGUAUUUUUAAAGUACUGUCAUCAUCAAUAAAAUAAGUGCAUUUAUAAAGUUUUGAUGCCUACAUCGCCUAUAAAAAUCUUACCGUAUGUGACAAAUUGGGAACCCCAUAUCUGAACCUCUAUUUUUGCUCGUUGUUUGUGUGAUACACAUAGCUCACACAAGGAUGCAGGCAUCCUGGAAUGGCUAACAAAGCUAAGUCCAGUCACAAAGACAAAAUGUACCAGAACCCGAAUAAACCUUCUAUCCUGGAUUGAGUCGUGUGUGGCUAUUAGAUGACUUAAGGCAACAGUCGACCAGUUUAACCACUAUCACAAACGAGCAUCAGACACAAUUAAGAUUUCAGGCUGCAGCAGCUGACUUGAUGUUUUUCUUUUGUUAUUACUGGAGCAUUUAUCUAAUUAUUGAUAUAGAAAUUAUCUUUGUAUAUUUAUUUUUUCUAAAAUAAAGCAUCUCAUCUAAAGCACUAUACACUAUUAGGGGAAAUUAAUGUUUGUUUUUUUUUUACUUUUGUUUUAACAGGAAAAUGCUGCUGCGUGUUUCAUUUAGUGGGGAGCAGAAGUAUGUAAGACUGUCUGACCUAACACUUGAUGCCUUCCUGAAAGAAGGUUAGUAUAAAACAAUAUUACAGUAUUUUACUUGGUGAAUCUAUACAAUUUAUCAUAAGACAUUGUGUGAACUGCUGAAGUUGAUCAUUUUCCCUGCUGUUAAUUAAAAUCAACUAUAUUGACCUAUUCACCUGAUUUUUAACCUGUCAGCAGUUGGUAAAUAACAUCAGACUUUACCCUUUGUUUCUCUUAUUUAGUGUGUUUAAAAUUUGACAUACCAGGAGAAAAACUGUUCGAUCUGAAGGUGUAUGACCAGUCUGACACCCAAAUUGAUGCUGAGGUUUUUGAGGAAAUAGUGAAGGAGUCCCCAGGCACAUUUCGAGUCACGAUGAGUAAUGAAGAACUUGGUAAGGACUAUUUAAAGUCGUGUUCAUUUUUAACCUAAAGGUUUGGAUUGGAGCAUCACAGUUACAUUUAAUAUACUUUUGUCUUUGUAUUUUUUUGUUGUUGUUUUUUUUUCCACUUUGUGUAGGUUCUUCUCUAUCACCAUUGGCUACAUCAUCUUCAGCAUCUUCUGAUGAUACUAUUAUUCUGAACUUCACCAUGUGUGAUCCUGCUGAAGAUUCAGCAACUGAUGGAGGAAAUCAGCCUAAAAAGCCAUGUCACAUAAACUACGAGGCACUGGCAUUGAUUAAACAGAUCCUAACUACAAAGCCUGGUGGUGAACGCAUCAUGCAGGAGUACGCAAAAACCAAAUCUUUGACAGAUGCCACCAGAAGACAGAUGAUAAACAUUCUAGCUGCUGAGAUGACAGAAAAGCAUGGAACAUCUCCCCCUCGAACUGUCAGAGUGAUGUAUGCACAAGGAAUUGUUGCCUUGUUUCCAUAUCUGGAAGACCCCCUUUCAAAACAUGGAUAUGAACACUAUUACGAUCCAGAGAGUGGGUCAGGAUACCUUGCAUGGCGCUUGAAGACCAUUCAAAGAAAAGCUGCUGAGGAGAAGGGUGCAUCAGUAAGGAAAUCUACCAAAAUUGGUGGGCCAGGCCAUGGACAAUCCAACUUAGCUGCUGACAAAAUGCAGUCUAAUGAGGAUGUGGAAGCAGCUCUUGCUGUUUUGAAACACACUGCUGAUGAGGACACUAUUCGUGAGAAGAUGAGAGCCACAUUUGCAUAUCGCAAUUCACUGGUCAACGAUGACAAGACAACAGAUGUCUUCUCAGUCUUUCCACGGUUUUUGGACACACCGGGACUGAUAGAACAAGAUUUCAGACUUCUGUUUGGUGAGGAAACUGCCAACAAAUUCUUGGUGAAGUGGCCCACCUCUAUUAAAGAGAAGGUUAUCGUGGAAAGCCAUAGACUGGUACCCACUCCAGAACUCUUACACUUGCUGCACAACACUGAGUCAGCAGCUGAAGAUGAAAAUGGUAUGUGUGUAAUAAAGGUAAUUAUGACAAUUUAAUUUAUUUGUAACAUUUUGUUAAUCAGAUGCAUGUCUUUUUUUACAGGCUGGGACAGUGACAUGUCUGCAAUCUUGCUGCUGCUACAUCUGCUACCACCUUCUGCACAAGGACGAAAGAGGCCAGGAAAGAUGUCUGCAU